CAAAUCAGUUUCACUUUUGCUUCUUGCAGUGGACAGUAAACGGUCCUCAGCACUUAAACAGCAACAGCAAAUAAACAAAAUACAUCCUAAAGUCAACAAAUCAGAGGAACCAGAGGACAGCAGCAGAGCGGAGAAUGAGCUACGACAGAGCCAUCACCGUCUUCUCUCCGGACGGACACCUGUUCCAGGUGGAAUAUGCGCAGGAGGCUGUGAAGAAAGGCUCCACUGCAGUUGGAGUCAGAGGCAAAAACAUUGUUGUCCUCGGGGUUGAGAAGAAAUCUGCAGCCAUGCUUCAAGAUGACAGGACUGUGAGGAAGAUCUGCUCUCUGGAUGAUAAUGUUUUCAUGGCAUUUGCAGGUUUGACCGCAGAUGCAAGGAUACUUAUAAACAGAGCGAGGGUGGAGUGUCAGAGCCACAGGCUGACAGUGGAGGAUCCUGUAACAAUUGAAUACAUCACACGCUAUAUAGCAAGCAUGAAACAGCGUUAUACACAGAGUAAUGGACGAAGGCCUUUUGGGAUUUCCACCCUGAUUGUGGGAUUUGACUUUGAUGGUACGCCCAACCUCUACCAAACUGACCCUUCUGGAACAUACCAUGCCUGGAAGGCUAAUGCCAUCGGGAGAUCAGCGAAAACAGUCCGUGAAUUCCUGGAGAAGCAUUAUAAAGAAGAGGAGAUGGAAUCUGAUGAACUGGUCAUAAAAUUGGCUGUCCGAGCACUUCUAGAGGUGGUGCAGACUGGAGGGAAAAAUAUUGAACUUGCCACAAUGAAGCGUGGUGAAACCAUGAAGAUUUUGGAGCCAGCUGAAGUAGAAGAUAUCGUCUCAAUCAUCGAGAGAGAAAAGGAGGAAGCAGACAAGAAAAAGAAAGCAGCAACAUCCACCACCACAUCCUAAACAAACCAGAAGAAUCUUCCAGAACAGCAGUAAAGGGACCAGCUUCAGGCAUGCAAGGAUUAACACAAGAAAUGCACUCAACUUUAUCAGCCGUUUUCCAUUUUAUUAACAAUGGUUCUUUUGUACAAAGUCCCCAGUUAAUUCUUAAACAAAAGGAAAACCAUCAUGGAAAAACAAAAAAGCAUUUGUUUUAAACCAUUGUUUUGGGGAACACAUGCCAAAAGGCUGACAUUAGUCAGUCUAUUUACAUUCAGCAAAUCCAGCAAUAUUUACAUCAGAAGGCAUAAAUAAAGUGUCAAUUAAACAUCAA